AUGCCACGCAAGGGACGCAAAGCUGCGAAAUUGUGGUCGCUCCACCCAAAGCUUCAUGACGACGUAGCACGGUUAUUAGACGAGGAAGGGCUUCAAAUAGGCUUCUUUGACGCCGAUAAUGAGGAAACCAAUAUUGAAGAAUGGGACACAAACGUUAUGGGUCGAUUUAUUUGCCAAAACAGCGGAUGUUACUCCAGC